AUGAUAGACGCUCGGUUCCGGCUGGAGCUGGAGAAACGCCGCGCCAAUGUGGAGGAUCAGUUCGAGUUCGAAAACUGCAAGGUGAGAUUUUACGAUUUUUUCAGAUUUUGAUCUUUAGUUUCUUAUUCUCAUUUAAUUUCUAGGUCGGAAAGGGCACGUACGGCCAUGUUUUCAAGGCCAGAAUGCGAAGACCGGAGCAGGGAGGAAAGAGGUAUUUCGCGUUGAAGAUGAUCGAAACCGCCGGCUUUACGAUGUCCUCGGUCCGGGAGAUCACCUUGUUGAGAGAGCUGAAGUAAGUGUGUUUCUUGUGCUUUCGAUUUUAGAUGCGGGUGAAACAUAUACGUCUAUUAGUAUCUUCAUUAAGUGCAUGAACAUUUUUUUCGCUUUGAUGGACUAUAAAGGGUAGUUCAGCCGAAGCUGCCAUCCCUAUUUCAAGUAUAUCUCCGCCAAUAAUGCAUCAAUUUCUUUAAAAUUUAUAUCAAAUUGAAGCUGAGGUACCCCAUUUUCUGUCCACCAAAUAUCACGGGCCCAGUUCUCGGAGGCUCCCGUACUGACCCUUGAAAUUUUCAUUCCGGAUUUUGGAGUCCGAAAUCGAUGAAACAUUGAAAAUUUUGCAUUGAUUUUCAAUUGAGUUUCAUUAAGAAAUUGGGUACCUCAGACUCAAUUGAAAAUCAUUGCAAAAAAAUGUAUAAGUUUCACCGAUUUCGGAGUCCAAAAUUUGGAAUGAAAAUGUCAAAGAUCAGUACGGGAGCCUCCGUGAACUUGGGCCCGUGGUAUUUGGUGGACAAAAAAUGGGAUAUCUCAGCUUCAAUUUGAAAUAAAUUUUAUAGAAACUGGUGCAUUAUUGGCGGAGAAAUGCUUGAAAUAAUGAUGGAAGCUUCGGCUGAACCACCCUGCGCAAAAGACGAAUUUCCCGCGUUUUUCAGCCAUCCCAACGUGAUCAAGCUUCAGCAGGUGUUCCUGACGCCCGAACGAAAAGUCUGGUUGCUCUUCGACUACGCCGAAUACGACCUCUGGAACAUCAUCAAAACUCAUCGCGAUUGCCGCAAGAACAAGACCCCAUUCCACGUGGAGCGGCGAAUGCUCAAGUCGCUGAUGUAUCAGAUCCUCGAAGGCAUCAACUACCUGCACAGCAACUGGAUCCUGCAUCGCGACCUGAAGCCGGCGAAUAUUUUGGUGAUGGGCGACUGCGACAAUCUGUUGGACCGGGGCCGCGUCAAGAUCGCGGACAUGGGCUUCGCCAGAGUCUUCUACAACCCGCUGCGCUCGUUUUACGACGUGGACCCGGUCGUGGUGACCUACUGGUACCGCGCGCCAGAACUCUUACUCUGCGCCAAACAUUAUACGAAAGCCAUUGAUAUCUGGGCGAUUGGCUGCAUUUUCGGUGAACUCCUAACGAAUGAACCGGUAUUUCUGAGUCGAGACGAUGACUUGAAGGCACAAACCCCCUAUAAUCAAGAGCAAUUGGGCAAGAUAUUCAAUGUGAUGGGAUAUCCGAGUGAAGCGGAAUGGCCUGACCUCAAGAACAUGCCGGAAUACCUGAAAUUGCAAGCGGAAUUCAGAAGGAACAGGUGAGAAUUAGAUUUUACGUAGAGCUGGUCGCGUUUUGUUGGAAAAAACUUUGUUUUAAGUGCCGCAGAAUGAUAAAGAGUAUUUGUAAUAUAUCGAAGAAGGCACUAAAAGGUAAUCUACUGGCUUGAAUUGCCAUUAUUUUGAAUUUUUGACCCACUUUUUAUAUUAUCCAUGUUCAUGGAUAGUAUAAAAAUUUAUCAAAAAUUUAAAGUAACCUCAAUUUUGGCUUAUAAAUAGUUUAUUAGAGCUUUAUUUGCUAUUUUCCAACCAUUUUUUGCAUUUUAUGGCGCUUAAAACAGAAUGCCAAAAUUGGCGGGAAUUUAAAAAUUUUUUGAAAUUUCGAAAGUUUUCACGAUUAAAAUAGAUAAAAUAAGCUCGAAUGCCUUCAGUUUCGCCAACUGCUCGCUGAAAAAGUACAUCGAGUCGAAGAAACUGCCCACCGACAACCAGCAAUUCGACCUGCUCGAAAAGAUGUUAACCAUGGACCCGACUCGCCGCUUGACCGCCGAAGACGCCCUGAGGCAUCCGUUCUUCAAGGAACCGCCUUUCCCCACAGUGGACGUGUUCAAUGGCGACAAAAUCCCGUACGAACGUCGGCAAUUUAUGAAGGAUGAGGAUGUGGUGAGAGGGCCACUCCAACAAGCCCCUGAAAUGGUAGCACCGCCGCUGAAAAAGAUCAAAACUGUAAGUAGUGCGGGCUGUAUGGGCUUUAUAAGGACGUAUGUUUAUCGGAAAUUGCGUUGCGGAUUGGGAAAAUACGUAAAACUCAGAAAUCCGCUCAGCGCAGCUCGCGCCCUGGACUCAAUUAAAAAUGAAGGCAAUACAAUAACAAUCCUAAGAUACGUUGUUUGGUUUAGUGGGGAAGCAAAAACAUAGUUGUUGUCCAAAAUUAUGGCCAUAACAACGAAAUUUUUCACGCAGCUCGCGCCCUGGCUGAAAUUAAAAUUGGUCCUAAAACAACCGCUUUUCCAUAUAAAAUUUGUAAAAUACGUGGUCAUAUUGUGUGAUAUUUUUUCUUAGAAAAAUAUGGUUACAUCUACUACAUUUAGGAGGCCCUUACACAACCACAGCCAUGCCUUCCACAGGCCCCGCCAACUUAUAUGCAAGCCACCCAGAAUCCGCAACAACUCCAUCAACACCCGGCAAAUCCGUCGAUGAUUCCGCUCAACUACCCACAACAUCCUCAGCAACCCCCACAACAACAUCAUUUCAAUGUUCGGCAAGUGAAACCGGAGCAGAGUAAUCCUCAAGUACAACGAGUUCAAUACCAUCCGAAUCAGAUGCAAAUGCAUCCACAACAGGCUCAAAACAUCCCACUGUUCCAUCAACACCAACAGGUUCGAAUGGCACACCCACAACAGCAGCAACAAGGUAAUUGGAAGAGGCGCGGAUAUUGUAGUAGAGAGCAGGUGGAAAUUGGUAGAAAUUCUAUUAUAGUCCGUCAAGGCGUGUAGUAACUCAUUAGAAUAUCUUUUUUAUCAAUUUCCGACGAUUUUCCAUCAAUUUUGACUUUAUAUUCCAUUUGACCCAAAAGAAUGUUAUUCAUGGCAAAUUUUUAUCUAUUUUCUGGGAUUUUUGACCUCCUAACCGUCCAAGAAUUUCUAUAGACCAUCAUAAUCGAAAACAGUCUUCAUUUUUUUAUCAAAUAUCAAAGAUUUUAACAUUAUUCAUGAGCUAAAGACCAAAUGUUAGACAUUUUGAUGAUAAACUACAGUUACGGACCUGAUCCAGUGGCAAAAAACGUACCGUUUGCAGCCAGGAAGUACCAAGAAAUGUAGCAAAAUACCUCCCUCUCCAAGUGAAAAAAUCCGAUUUCAAAGGCGUGUUGAAGGGCCCUCUUUGUGAGAGCCCUUCAAAACGAAGUGUUUUCACUUGGAGAGGGAGGUAUUUUGCGACAUUUUUUGAUACUUCUCGGAUGCAAAAUGGUACGUUUUUUGCCACUGGACUGUGGUUUAUCAUCAAAAUGUCUAAAAUUUGGUCUUUAGCUCAUGAAUAAUGUAAAAAUUUUUGGUAUUUGAUAAAAAAAAUGAAGACUGUUUUCGAUUAUGAGAAUCUAUAGAAAUGUUUGGACGGUCACGAGGUCAAAAAUCCUAGAAAAUAGAUAAAAAUUUGCCAUGAAUUUUUUUUUUUUGUCAAGUGGAAUAUAAAGUCAAAAUUGAUGGAAAAACGUCGGAAAUUGAUGAAAACGAUAUUCUAAUGAGUUACUACAUGCCUUGACGGACUAUAAUAGUAUCAAAAAACCGCCUUUUUUAUUUAUUUUUCUAUGGAAUCCCGACCUUGUUUUAGUUCAAGGUAUGCCUCCACAAAUGGUCCAGCGCCAGUUCAUCCAGCAAAUGCCUCAAGGCCUAAUCGGCACACAGCCAAACAUGAUGCCUCCUGGCACCAUAAUAAAUCCGAAUCAGGUGCAAAUGCGCGCGAUGCCGCCUCAAAUGCCACAGAAUAUGUAUCAACCACCUCGAUAUCAAUGA